UGGCGGUUCUUGCCGUCUUGACUGACGUUCCUCAGUGACACAUCUCCUCCUCCUCCUCCUCCUCCUCCACCUCCACCGCCGCUGCUGCUCCACUUCGCCAUUGUGUGCGGAGCUCGGUGAGUGUCGAGGUCGAGGCAGCCACCGGGGGAACGAUGGCGGAGUAGGAACAAACAAACGGACUAACGGCUCGCUUCUCCUCCAUCUUCUUCUCCUUCUUCUUCCUGCCGUCCGUCCGCUGCUCCCGCUCCCACUCCCGGCCUCACCGACCGACGACACCCAUGCAGCAGAGGAGACCCUGGAUGGGACUAGCUACAUGUGAUUUAUGUUGGGUAACGGGGUGAAGCGGAAACUGGACGAGGAUGAGGAUGUUCUGGAGGAGGACCAGCGUCUUCUGGCAGUCGGUGGCAUGUCGCAGGCAUCCUACACCCUGCAGCGUCAGACGGUCCUCAACAUGUCUCUCAUGAAGCUGUACGGUCCGCGGAUGGGCGCUGAUCUCGGCCUGCAGCGCCGAGUCCUCAUCAACAACAUUAUCCGCCGCAUCCAAGAUGACUUCAGGCAAGAAGGAGGCAUCGACACGCUCUUCUUCUCUGCUGCGCCGCCUGGCGCUGCUGCCACCGCCGCCCGUGAGGACGAAAGCUACCGGCAGCCUCCGCCUCCUUCCUCCUCUUUCAGCAUCCUCUCGUCGUCGCUGUCAGGACUGACGGCACUGGACUCCUGCCUGACUCCUGCCUCACUGCUGGAGGAGGACCUGCCCAUGUUCUUCACCCUGCCGCCCUCCUCCUCCACCCAACACCACCACCUGCACCACUCCCCAAGGCCGCUGCCACCGCCCUCGCCGUCACCCAAAGACAGCUUCUCCUCCGCCCUUGAGGAGAUAGAGGAGCUCUGUCCUUCCUCUUCGUCUUCCUCUUCCUCUGGCCCGCCCGCACCCCCUCCUGCUCGGCUUCUGUUUGACGUCAUCAUGAAGGAGGAGGGGCGUGGCUUUCAGGAGGUGGAGAGCAGGUUGGAGAAACCUCCUCUUCCUCCCUCUCCGUCCUCCCCAGGCUCCUCCUUCCUGACUGACUUCGCCCUGGACGACGUCCUCUUCACAGACAUUGACACGUCCAUGUACGACCUCGGCCCCUGCCCGCCCCCGUCAGGAGCGCUGCCGUCUAAGAUGGCUCCCGUCAUGAUGGCGGACGACCUCGUCCGGUCGAUGUCCGGUUACGGAGCGGCGGGUGGCGGCGCUCAGAACCAGCCUUUUAAAAUGGACCUGGCGGAGCUGGACCACAUCAUGGAGGUGCUGGUGGGCAGCUGAGAGGACGACGAGGCUUUUUAUAACGUUUUGUUAAUUUUGUACAGUUUUAAAAUCACAGCGGACUUCACACGGGUUUUAUUCUGGAGGGUUCAAGCUGCUGUGUGUCGAGUCUGGAUAAAUUAUGACAACAUUAGUUCACCUGCAUAAACUGCAUCUCACACAGAGAGAAAUCUGCUGGAUCCUUUUAUUGAGCGUAGAGGGGUCAAGAGACAGAGACGAGGGUUUCACAGGUGGCAGGUGGAGGUUAUGAUAAAAGAGCAACAGAAAAAUAAUCCUUCAACCUGUUGAAGCUUUUCAGAAAGCGGAGAGAAACAGGAAACAGUGUAACGGCCCGGUCACAGCAGAAACAUUCAUCUGUGUCUCAAGUGUUUGGUUCUUACGUCUUGGUGACGUAGUGAGAACACGCAGAGCUACAAUAUUUAUUAAUGCGCUCUGUCCCGAACCAACCAAACAUUAAAUGAAAUAAAAAUGUUGUGUCAGGGCCUUUAAGCAAGAGUUUAAAUGCAGGACUUUUACUUGUAACAGAGUAUUUCUACCCUGCAGUAUUACUACUUUUCCUUAAGACCUGAGUCCGUCUCCCAUCACUGCGGGGCCUUUCAUGUGUGAGGUGCAGUUUGUUCAUGCUAAUAAAGGUUCACUAAUGUUUCUAAAAAUCCACACAGCAGCUUUAAUCACUGAGUUACAGUAUUGGAGCCACGCGGUCACACUGAGCUUCACGCCGAGGAGCCCACGUGUGAAUAAUUUCCUCAGUAACACCAGUGUGAAGUCCCGUUUUCUACCGCUGUCCGAGAAAUUGUAAGAAACAAACAAAAAAAAAUCUCUAGAGACUUUUCUACCGUCGCUGCAUGUUUCUACCAAUAACAAAAAAAAAAUCUCAAUAGCAUUUAUGAAAAACAAUCCAGUGCCUUUUUAAACCUCGAUCACGCGGUCACGUCUUGCUGUUGCUCGUCACGUAGCAAUACGAACUCUGACGGAAGUUUUAUCCCAACAUGCAGUUUCAUUUCCUAAAAAUUCAUCAUGUGACAGCUGUUAAAGUCCCGAGCAUCCAGUCUGCAACGUGGGUUUCACUCUGUCAUCAAAGAACAUGAAAGUCUGUUUAAAUGCAACGUGUGAAUGUGGAGCUAUUUAUUGUGUCGUAGCUUUUAAAAAUAAAAUGUAAAGUUUUUCUUCUCAUCAGUGAAUCCCAUGAAAAGAAACGCAGAGCGUAGUCGACAGUUUUAUCUUGCUCUUUUCUUUGGAUUUAAUAAGAAGAAAAAAACAUAACAGCUUCAGACUUUCUCGUUUCAGUUUGUUGCUAACGCUAUCCGUCACACUUCCUGUCCGAGUCUGUAGUUCAACACGUGUCGGCUCAGUUUAAGCAAAAUUAAAUUGCAAUAAUUUUUACUGAGUGGUGGUGAUGAUGCAGACUUCCAUAUGCAGACGUUCCCUUUAGCAGAACUAUGAAUUAUUUAUUAUCUCUCAGCUCUCAGUGUGUAUUUAUUGCAACUCUGGACACUAAUAUUUUGUUUGUACAGAACAUAAAAAUGUUUUAUUUUAAAGGACAAAUCCACCAACACUGACCUCUGAGUUGAUCUGAGGAAGAUUUUUGGGGAAAGAUGAACUCUGAGGUCAUUUUUGGUGGAAAUCUCUUCUAUGAAAUGUCAUUUAAUAAAUGAUCUGAGGUUUUUUUUUUAAUGCUAUGUAAUAUAUUUUAGGAUAUCAGCAAUGCAAACGCCCUCAAGUCAGCCUGUGCCACAGCUCUGAUGUGUGUGUGUCUGUGUGAAGAUAGAAAUGGAUAAACACUGGGCCAGUUUUUAAACGUUUAA